AUGGUCAUGCCUGGAGUAAUUUCCGUCACCCUCGAACAGUCCUUGGAACACGAAGUCAGUCAGCAACCAUCAUGGCUUGUGGGCGCCCUGUCCGUCGCUGCUCCCAUUCAGCACCAGCUACUCGUCGACGGCGAGUACCUCGGUACCACCAUUAGGUUCUCGCCCUUGCCUCUGGCUAGUUCCCACGCCUCAACAAAGCUCCGGUCCGUCGUUGAGUGUCACACUGUCACCGUUUCUCGUCUUCAGGCUUUCUGGGCAGGACCAUUCCUCGUUGUCGAUGGCGAUGUCGCUUCCGGUACCCUCAACACCUGUCUCCUUGCUAAGCCCGGUAUGCUCGGUAUUUACAGUACGCCAUCGUUGACGAGAUUGCGCAACGCCCCUCGCCACGUCGCCGCAGUCUCAUCGUUGCCAAAUCCGUCAAGUUCGCAUGCAGCCCUCUUUUCGCGCGCCAUCUUGGCGUUGCGUGGUCUUGGCGACGUUCUCCACGAGUCUUUCUCUUGCACUCCUAUCCUUCAUCUUCGCGCUCUUGUCUCGUUCUACAUCUGCUGGAUAAGCGUACCCUAG